AUGCCUCUCGAGAUUGGUACCAUCACUUCCUCCCACCACAAUCACCACUUUCCAUACGCCCUCCCGCUGACCCAACCCAAAUUUGAAAGACCCGCCUCAUCCUUCUGCCGUGGCUGGUCUUCUUCACAAUCGUCAACUACCUCUUAUUUGGUGGAACAAACGCAUCCUCUUUUUGUCGAGACUUCUCGGGCUGUCCAGAACUCAGAGAUACAGCUCAAGUUCCGAAAACCGGCAGUCAGCACGAUUGUCUUCUCCCCUGCAUUCGACCCAUCCGACCAAGUAAUCAAGGACCACUCAUGCGCUUUGUUACCUGCAUCAAAAUUCGCCGUAAGUCUGGCUUCAAGAUUGUUGCUGUCUAUUUCUCGAACCAAAGCCCGACACUGGUUCUUUCGUCAUGUUCUUUCACCGGUGGAUCAUACUUUCGAGGUCGCUACAUAUCACUGCAGCUAUCCCCCAAGCUUUUUGCCCUUUUCUCUCACAAUCUACCUUCAUACACAUUGCUUCAAGCUCGCUUGA